GUUUACAAUCACCUGGCAUCGCGUCAUUCGUCGAGCUGGUGCACUGGUGUGUGGGUGCGUGACUGCUCGUUCUAGUUUAAAAGAGCCGGGACAGGGUGUGCGCCAUGGACGGGCGUGAGGCGCUGAUAGCGCAGCAGCGCCGUCAGAUUGCCGAGCUGAGCACGGAGCUGGAGGCGGUGUGUGGCGAGCGGGAUAUGCUGCUGCUGGAGCUGCAGCAGCUGCGGUGUCAGCUGGAGCUGCGCGACCUCACCACCGCCGCCAGUCCUCAGCGGCCGGCAGCGAUGCCUUCAGAGGAUCACAGUCCGCCGAGCGGCGGCACCGCCCGCCGCAAGCCGGACACCUGCAUGAAACGGUCCCGGAUCAGCCCGGCCGGGUACGAGCUGAGCCAGGACCUGGCCGACCGACAGGUGGCCUGUCUGGAGCGCAAGUACGGCGGACGGCGCGCGCGUCACGCAGCCGUCACCAUCCAGCGCGCCUACCGGCGCCACCAGCUCACCAAGGCCUUCCGCGCCAUCACCACGUCGGCCAAGAGUGAGAAGCGCCUGUCGCGCCGAUUCGAGCUGCCCGAGUGCUGGCCGCCGCUGGCGCCGGCCGCGCCGGCUCCCACUCCGGUGACGCCGAUCGCGGCCAGCCAGUCGGCGCUGCCAGCUCCGCUCACAGCCACCCGCAGCGCGGCCAGCCUCAACCUGAGCCACAGCCUGGAGAACGACUCGGACCUCUCCGACCGCGAGUACCAGAGCUACGGCUACCUCAACGACUCCACCUACAUCGCCGAGUACGUGUCACCGCAGGCGGGCUUCAGCCCGCGGCACACCGCCGCUUACCAGUCGGGCGGCGAUGUGCCCAUGUCGCCGGCGGCGGGCGGGCGGCGGGCGCGCGGCCCGCGGCCCGAGCCGCCGCACCGGACCAGCUCCAUGUCUUCAGUGCCGCGCCGUCUGGAGCAGCCGUCCACCAGCUCCGGCAGCGAGAGCAGCCUGGGCUCGGCCGGCCAGGGCGCCGUCGGACCGGUCAGCACCUCGUCGCCGGCUGUGGUGCGUCGCCGCUCGCAGCAGCGCUCGUCGAGCCGUUCGGGCACCGGCCGGCGGACCGCGGCACGCGCCGGUGACGCCUCGGAUGGCGCCGAGCCGCCGGAGCGGGCCACCCGCACCACGCAGGUCGUUUACCCGCAGACGGCGUCCUACAAGGUGCCCGAGAUCGUCCGUAAGCGGCAGUACCGCGUCGGCCUGAACCUGUUCAACACGCGGCCCGAGCGCGGCAUCGACUACCUGAUCGGACGCGGCUUCCUGGACGAGUCGCCGCACAGCGUGGCGCGCUUCCUCAUCACCAGGAAGGGCCUCAGCAAGCAGAUGAUCGGCGAGUACCUGGGCAACCUGCAGGCGCCCUUCAACGCCGCCGUCCUCGAAGCGUUCGUGCAGGAGCUGGACUUUUACAACAUGCAGCUGGACGUGGCACUGCGCAAGUUCCAGACCUACUUCCGGCUGCCGGGCGAGGCGCAGAAGAUCGAGCGGCUCAUGGAGGUGUUUGGCAACCGGUACUGCCAGUGUAACCACGAGCUGGUCUCCAGUCUGAAGACGGACUCCACCGUGUUCGUCCUGGCCUUCGCCAUCAUCAUGCUCAACACGGACCUCUUCACGCCCAACAUCAAACCCGAGCGGAAGAUGAAGCUGGACGAUUUUGUCAAGAACUUGCGCGGAAUCGACGACGGCGCCGACGUGGACCCGCAGCUGGUGUCGGGCAUUUACGAGCGGGUGCGCGCGCAGGAGUUCCGUGCCGGGCCCGACCACGUCACGCCCGUGCUCAAAGUGCAGCAGACCAUCAUCGGCAAGAAGCCGCCGCUGGCGCUGCCGCACCGCCGCCUGGUCUGCUACUGUCGCCUGUACGAGGUACCGGACGUCUCCAAAAAGGAGCGGCCCGGCGUCCACCAGCGAGAGGUGUUCCUCUUCAACGACCUCAUGCUCGUCACUAAGAUCUUCAGCAAGAAGAAGAACGCCAUGACGUACUCGUGUCGGCAGAGCAUCCCGCUGGCCGGCCUGACCGUCUCCGCGUUCGACAUCGCCCACUAUCCGUACGGGAUCCGGCUGUCUCAGCGUGUCGACGGAAAGGUGCUGCUCACCUUCAACGCGCGCAACGAGCACGACCGGACCAAGUUCUGCGAGGACCUGCGCGAGAGUAUCCUGGAAAUGGACGAGAUGGAGGCACUGAGGAUCGACGCCGAGCUGGAGCGGCAGAAAGCCAACGGCGCCCGGCACGGCCGGAGCUCGGAGAACCGCGACUCGGGCGUGGCCGACGUGGAGGAGGUCUCGGCGGACGGCAGCCCCAAGGCGGCCUCUGGCGGCGCCGGCGGCGGCGGUCUGCGCCGCUCAGCGCUCUCCAACUCCCUGCUGGACAUGAGCGAGGCGCGGCCGCAGCGGCGCGGCAGCGUCGGCUCGCUCGACUCUGGCAUGUCGGUCAGCUUCCAGUCGAGCAGCACGGCGUCGGUGCCGGCCGGCAGCCCGCCAGGCCCGGCGCGCGGCGCGCCCGCCGGCCAGCGGCCGCCGCAGGUGCCGCCGCACCGGCCGCCCUGAGAGCGCGCCGCCGCCGCCCGGCUGUCGGGACACUGACUGAGGCCCGGCCCGCCGACCAGGCGACGAUCAGACUGGAGUAGAGCGGGCCGUGGGGCCCCGAGAGGAGAGGGCCCGACUGCCGAGCCCGGAGAGGAGCAGAGUGCAGAGUUCAGAGAGGAGCAGAGUGGAGAGCCCGGAGGAGCGGAGAGCAGAGUGGAGAGGAGAGGCGCACGGGCUCGCAGCUCAGUGAAGAGGCGCGGAGAGUGGAGGGGAUGUGUAAGUGCGGAGCCCAGAGGAGCCGAGUAGUGGUCCGGGGUGGGCCGGGCGAGUGAUCAGAGGUGGUCCAAUCAGCACUGCCCGGUGCCGGCCGGUGGGCAGGUCAGCAGCGAUCAGCGCUGGCCGGCCGGCCGGAGUAGAUCAGCGUCGGACCGCCGCGGCCCGGUGUCGGCCCAGCGGUGGACUCCGAUCAGACGAGGCACUGCCGUCAUCGGGAGACGAUUUAUCCAUUCAUAUUGAGUCAACUAACAACGUUCUAGUCGUUACGCGUGGUCGCCCGGGCGUUAGUCUUUCGAACGAGGGAGAAUAACUAUGUACAUACGAUAUCAAAUCAGCCGCCGAAGCGGAGCUCGAAUAGACUUGGCACGGACAGUUAGUGCGCGACCAAAUGGACCGUUAUUUUGAUAUCUAUUCCAGAUGGGUGCGUUACUCUGUGACCAUUGUAUUGUGAGGGUGUUACAGUCGCCUUAUUUUACAAAUACAUGUUGUUUGAAAU